CUGGUGACUUCGUGGUGGUGUCCGCCCGUGAGCGCAAGGAAGCGAUGCAGCCAAAGUGCAACGAAAUGCAUACCGUGAGGUGAUCCCGAACGGAACCCGAUUUUGCUGCUGUGUGAGUGCAGUGCCUGUUUAACGCCAGCAAGGAGUGAAGAGUCAAGUGAUAAAGAAUACGCAAAAUUGGGAACCAUCCCGAGGGUGUGCGUGCGCGUGUGUCUCUUGUGCAAGGCUACAAGGCCGACACAGUGCAAGGAAAAAGGAGUCAAGCAGGAUCAGGAGGAACACCGGGCUGCGAUCGUCUUUCGCUCAGCUCACCCGAAACCGAACAGAACCGGUCCAAAAGUCCGGCCAACAUCGAUCACCAUUCGGAGGAGUUUUUUGGUGCUCUGCGAACGUUGCGUAACCUCAACAAAAAAAGUCGAAAAUCCAUCAAUGUAAUCAAAAUGGAGCUUCCCGCGAUCGUUGGCACCAUCGUAUGCGUUUUGACAAUAGCAACUUUCACACAUGGCGCGCAGAUUCCAUCCAUGAAGCGCUCGGCGAUGAUCUUCACCAAGGAACCGACCGUGCGGAUACAAUGCCUGUCCGGCUCGAUGCUGAUCACGCUCAAGGAUGUACCGACCAACCUGAACGGCCAGUUCAGCGGGAUGGUGUAUCCGAAGGGGCUGCCGAAGAACUCGAGCUGCCUCACCGAGUACCACCAGCAGGAGGGACCGCUGCGCUACAAGCUGCCCCUGAAGAGCUGCGAUACGAUGCCCGUCGAGAUGGAUGACGGUGGCAUCGAGUUCUUCAACACGAUCGUGCUGCAGCCCCACCUGAAGCUGGUCACUGAUCUUGGCCGAGGCUACCACGUGCGCUGCCGGUACAAGAGCCGCCGGGCGGCCUUGAAGAAUGUGUCGGUGCUCCACAAGCCGUCCGGCGUGGCAUCGGAGGCGUCAGCCGACAGUCGACCGCAGGCACUGACCAGCGCCGAGGGUGGUGGCACCGAUCGACGGGAGCACGGCCGCUCGAUGGACAGCAAGGACGAGCUGGCGGUGCCGAUCGCCGUCGAAGACGAGCAGGCGGACGAGAAACCGAUGCCGGGCUGCCAUAUGAAGAUCUUCACCGCUGGCGAGAAGCUGGCCGAGAACGUCAAGAUCGGCGAUCCGCUGACGCUCGUCAUCAACAUCGACCGGCAGGAGGAGUACGGUCUGCACGUCACCGACUGCCUGGUGCGGGACGGGCUCGGCUGGGGCGAGCAGAAGCUGAUCAACGAGCAGGGCUGCCCGUUGGACAGCGAAAUUUUGGGCCCGUUCGAGUACACGGCGGACCGGAGCAAGGCCACGGUCACCUUCCCGGCCCACAAGUUCCCGUACACGUCGUCCGUUUACUACCAGUGCAACGUGAAGCUGUGCGAGCUGCAGGACACCAACUGUCACAAGACACCGACCUGCUCGGGCAAUGGUGCCAAACGCACGAAACGGCAAACGGACGAGGAAGGACAACCGGCUACGAUUGAGGUCUUCUCCGGACUGCACGUGAACGAGAACGCUGAGGUGCUCGGCGAUGACGCGGACUCGGUGUUUAAGGAACGGACACCGGACGACGCCAUCUGUGUGUCCCAGCGGAGCUUCGCCGUUGCCAUAGCCAUUGCCGGCCUGUGCCUGAUGCUGGCCGUAGUCCUCGCGGUGAUGUGUAUCGUCGCCCGCCGCAGCAGCAAGUCCGUGUCCAACUCGGGCAGCUCUAUCUACAGUGGCCCCUACACGAACACUGCCUUCUCGCAUAGUAGUUAAUGUCCGCGCUCCGCUCGGGUGGAGUAGUGCUACGUCCGGCCGACCAGCGAACCGUCCCCGUCCGCAGAUACUGUGAUGCCUUUUUUGGGCACGACGAACGACAACCUUCCGACCACGAACGCAACUAGUACUAAACCUCCAAGUCCAAGGACGGCGUGCACUGUCGGAGUGUCACGCCACCGCGUGUAGUUAGAAUUAGAACCACAUAGUUCACAGGUAUUACCGAAGCAAUCUUCCCCGGCAGAUUGCUUUGCUAAUAUCGCAGAGGCGCGCCGCCGGAUGGAUGCGGCCAGAUCCUGACCGGGGGCCUCUGGAAAGCGUAACUAACUCCUCGUUUAACUAGCAUUUAGCACUAGCCACUCCUACAUACUAUCUCAUUUGUUACUCUAGCACGGUCUAUCGAUCGGAUCGGGCUCCGGCCAGAUCCGACGAACACACGCUCACUUUCCCGAUCUAAGUCAGGUGGCGGGUACUUAAUGCUGAUAGCCUUUCGAACGUAGUUUCCUUCCUAUCUCAGUCUACGCAGUAAGAUGUAGAGUACGCCGCGGAUCCAUCGCCACGUGACCACUGGACGCCGCAGAGAACCGCAAUAUGAUUGAGACAUUUCCAGCCUCCUUUUCUACCGUUUUCACGAUCUACUGUUUUUUGUGCUCCCCGAAAGAAAACUGCCAACUUUGAGAUGUACUGUAAAAAGUAUCUUUAAUUUUAAUAUCUUUCAUAUUUAUUAAACCACAUACCACUUCCCGAACCUGUGGGAAAUGUUCUCUCGUACUGCGGUUCCGUGGCUACCGUCGGGGAUGCGCGGUAAUAGAGUAAAAGACAGGAGGGGCAAGGAAUCGGUGACACACUACCCCCGUCGCUGUAGGCCGUCGUCUGGUGGUUUAACAGAAUUUUAAUCGUUUAGCAAUCGAACGGAACAGAGAGGAAUGUUUGCGCGAAAAAUCAUCACCCACUGUGUAACGAACAAACGUACUGAAUGAACUAGUGAGCACAGAGGUUAGAGACUAGUGUUAAAAUAAAUGUGAAUA